GAGGCUGAAGAACCUCAGCAUUAUCCACAAAAUGGAGUUAAAGACCUUGUUACUGAUGAUUACAGAUUAGAGCUUCACCAAAUAAAACCAGAGCCUGACCACUUUCAAAUACAGGAACUCCAAAAUGGAGGAGGAAGAAGAAGAGGAUGAAGAGGUUAAAGGGAAAUUGGAGAGGGACAAUGGUGAUUCAGUGGUCAAGCAAGAGGCGACAGAAGUGGAAUGUGAUCUCAGACAGGAUGAGGAAGCACCAUCUUUCUUUUCCUGCCCAUACUGCUCUGUGUCCUUCACCAACUUCUCAUACCUUGAGAAACAUCUAAAAUGGACUCAUCGAAACAAUUACCACAACUGGAUUAAAAACCAAAAAACACCAGAAUGCAUCAAAAUAACUUCUGGGAUGCUAAGCUGUUCCACCUGUCACGACCGCUUCUUCACCCAGGAGCAGCUCAACACACACAUGCGCCGUGCCCACCUGCCCGCCCCAGCACCUAUCCGAAAACGCCACACAUGCCCGCAAUGUGACCGCAGCUUUGACUACAUUGGCAAUUUGCAAAACCACUGCCGCAAGUGCCACAAUCUCUCCACAGUGUGUAGCAACGGAGAGAUUAGCUGUGCUCUGUGUGGCAAAAACUUUGCAGGAAUUUGGGGCCUCGGACCUCAUCAGUGCCACAGGCUUGAAGAAGAGCACGAUUCUCAUGUCGAUGGAGACAAACCUCUGUGUACAGAUCGUGGAUUCCUGUGCCAACACUGUGGCAAGAACUGCACCACACUGCAGUGUCUGACCAUACACAUGCGCAUACAUACCGGUGAGAAACCGCACGUCUGCACUGACUGUGGGCACGGCUUUAAGGAGAUGGGCAGCCUUCGCAAACAUAUGCUCAUCCACACUGGCGCCAAACCCUACACCUGCCCUGAAUGUGCCAAGAGCUUUGCCCGGAUGAGCCACCUGAAUACGCAUUUGCGCACACACACAGGCGAGCGGCCGUACUCGUGCCUUGACUGCGGGAUGACGUUCAGUCACAGGGCAACUCUGCAAAUACAUCGCCGUGUUCACUCCGGAGAAAAACCCUUUUUUUGUGAGGAUUGUGGGAAAAUGUUUUCAACACUGAAUGGUUUAAAAGUUCAUCAUAUGACCCACAACCAACAAAGGAUCCACAAGUGUAGCGAGUGCCAGAAAACAUUUGCGAGACCUGACGUGCUGAAGAAACACCUGCGAAUUCACAACGGCGAGAGGCCAUACGUGUGCACCGUCUGCAGCAAGAGGUUCAAUCGCGUCCAGCACCUCACCAACCAUCAGCGCACUCACACCGGAGAAAGGCCAUACCGAUGCGAAGAAUGCGGUGCAAGCUUCGCCCAGUCGGGUGAUUUGACCAAACAUGUGCGCGGCCACACAGGGGAAAAGCCCUACGCAUGCCCCGAGUGUGACCGCCGCUACAGUAACCCCGGUGACCUGGGAAAGCACAGGCGCACUCACAGUGGCCUCAGGCCUUACAGGUGUCAGCAGUGUGAUAAGGCGUUUCUCAUGCCACAACAUUUGAAAACACACUCUCUUACACACACUGGAGAGCGACCGUUCAGCUGCCCACAGUGUGAGCGCACCUUUACUAGAGCCCACCAUCUAACCCAGCACUUAACCACGCACCAUUCCUAGUGCUUGUAUUUUUGUCAGGACAUUUUAGGAAUACUACUUAGUAAGGAGCUACAAAUAAAAUGUUAAUUUCU